AACAAAUGGAUUUGGAUCAAGAAAAUUUAAAUUUGAUCGAAGAAGUAAUUGAAUCGAUAGAAGAAGUAAAUUAUGAUGAUGUAGUAAUAGAAGAAGAAGGAUCGGAGAAUGAAUGUGAGGAGGAGAAUGAAUUGAUUCCAAAUACUUUACCUAUAAAAUUAUCACCAUGUGUUAUUAUUGAUAAUUCAAAAGGAGAGAUUUCUCGAUGUUGUUCAACAGAAAAAUUAGUACCAAUAGCACAGCUUUUUGGAACAUGGGAGGUGGAUGCAUCUAUAGGGAAGAAUUCUGAUUUUAAAUUAUAUGAAUAUGGUGUUUGUACAAGUCAUUUCAAUUUUGAUAAUAGCAAGAUUCAUAACCCUAAUUCUAAAAAAAAACGAAGUACUAAUGAAAGUAAGAUAAAAAAGAAAAAAUGUCUUAUGUGUGAUAGAUAUAAAUAUUUUUUCAGUAGGGGUGAUGAUUGUGCAAUACACUCUUGGAAUCUUGUUGGAAGAAAUAUUCAAGUACCUUGUCUUGGCCUCAAAUCCUGUCCUGUGUUUAUUGAUAUUCCACAUAUUUCUUCUAAAGCCUUAAAUAAUGAUCGUGUUCGAUACGUUUGUACAGAAUGUUUUGAAGCUUAUGGUGGACAUUUACACAAACAUCAAGGAUCAGGAAAAUCAAAUUCAUGUAUUAAUGAUGACUUACAUAGAAAUGAUGUGACCUUUUCUUUAAAAUUAUUUGCACAAUGGAUUACAAAAAUUUCUGAAUCUGAAAAUGAUGAUAAAAAAAGAAAAGUACUUUUGCAUUUAAUGCCACUAUUGGAAACAACAAACUCUACUGAUCAAUUAUUAUCAAAAGCAGCAACUCCUAGUGUGUUCCUUGUAAACACUGCCAUGAAAUUACAUGACUCCAAUAUUAAUCUACCAAUAGAAGAAUUAAAUGUUAAUAAUUGUGAAAAUUUUGGAAAACAAUUGGGUAAUUCCAUUUGGAAUUCACGCAAAGAACUUAAACAAAAUCUUUCAAUUUUAGAAAAUCCAACUUCCCUAAAUCAGUACUAUAAUUCAUUCCCCAAAACCUUGAUUAAUUUUUUUGAUGGCAUGAUUGGUUCUAUAAUACAAAAAAAGCAUCAAGUUGCUGAAAGAAAACGAAAGAGUCAUGGACAUUUUCCAAAAGAUUUUGAUCCUUCUUCAAUUCAGAAAAUUACUGUUUUUAUUGCUUCAAUGAUUCUUACAGUUGCAUUUCCAACAUGGAAAAUAUGGUUAACUCAUACCAUGGCAUCACUUUGUCGAAGACCUAAAAUGAUUUCAAUAUUGCAAUCAAUACUCCACACAGUAAAUGUUGUCUCAUAUUCAUGGGAUCAUGAAGUAAAAAAACAAAAAGAAAGAAUGAAAAAUGUAGAUCCUCGAUCAAAAUUGCUCAGAACCCCUGAAACUUGGAAUGUUGCAGUUAUAGACAACAUUGAUUUUAAGGAUACAACCUUUCAUUAUGGAAACAUAUAUGAUGUAACCAGAAAUUCUGCACAUGCCACACUCAGGAUGGUCUUUCAAUUUCAACUUCCAUUUCCAGUAGCUUCAUUUUUACAAAUCAAUCAUCCACAGACUCACAGUGAUGCAUUAUUUGGAAAAUCAUCUUUAAUUAGUAAAUGGGAAAAAAAUAUUGACAUGAUAUUUCAACAGCUUAUUGAAAAUUAUGAAGGUGGUUUUGAUGUUCAGGAUAUUAAUUCAAAAAUUGCAUCCAAAAUUGAAAUAGGCUGUCAAGUUCCACCACCAAAUGUUGUCAUUCUUGAUGCAGGACCUGCUCCUAAAAAGAAUGAAAAUGUCUUUAGUUCAAUAAAUAAGUACUUUGAUGAUCUUGGACAACAUAUAAUUGACAUGGCUUACAAGGUGUUUGAUCUUCCAGAUCCUAAAAUGCAUGAUUUUUUUAAAAAUGCUAAAGAAAUAAAUGAAUCUGGUUUUAUAAAAAUGUUUGAAAGUUAUGAAAUAGGAAUUGAACGUUUAAAUCGUAUAUUACAUCAAGAUAUUUAUAAAACAGAACCACAAUCCAAAAUUGGUAGGCGAAAAAAAAAUCUACCUCAUAUUAAAGUAAGUGAGCAAAAGGAAUAUGAAAAAGAACAAAAUCAAAUUAACAAUGAUGAUACAGAACAAAUAAAUGAUGACUUACCAGCUGUAAUAGAAGAGACAAUAUCUGCAGCAAGUAAUGAAAGGGUACAAGAGGUAAGAUCUCCACUUCCUAAAAGCCAAAAAUAUACAGAAGAAGAACAAAUAAUUCUUCAGGAGCUUCUUAAUUACACAGAUUUGCCAAAAGAAGUUU